GCAGCGCUGCCGGCACCGCCAGCCCCGGAACCGCCGGGCUGAGCAGCGCUGCCGGCACCGCCAGCCCCGGACCCCCGGGCUGAGCAGCCCUGCCGGCACCGCCAGCCCCGGAACCCCAGGCUGAGCAGCCCUGCCGGCACCGCCGGCCACGGAGCUGCCGCCGCCGCCGCCGGAGCGCCCCGGCCGGUCCCGCCGAUGGCACCGCGCUGCCGCCGCCAAGCAGAAAGGUGCUGAGCAGGUGCCCCGAAGCUCUGGGCUGGUUCCCCACAGGCUCAGCAGAACGAUGCCAGCAGUGCCAGAGCCGCCUGUGCCCCUCGCCGUGCCGAUGUGACCGAGCCCUGCCUGGGACCUGUGGCACUGAGGCUGGCACAGAAGCAGUGGCUGGUGGCCCCUGCCGUGUCCCUGCUGCCCAAAGAUGAGUGAUGGCAUGUGGAUCUCGCUCAGCCCCGCCGAGUUUGCCCAGCUCCAGCAGUACACGGACUACUCCACCAAGAAGCUGAAGGAUGUUCUGGAGGAGUUCAAUGGGGACGGCGUCCUCUCGAGGUACAACCCCGAACAGCCCAUCGACUACGAGGGCUUCUGCCUCUUCAUGAAGACCUACCUGGAGGCUGAUGUGCCUGAGGAGCUUUGCCAGCACCUCUUCACUUCCUUCAAGCGUAAGAUCUGCCAAGCCUCCCCCGAGAGCCAGCAGCAGAGCCCUGGAGUGUCACAGCCCAGCACCCUGGGGAUCAAUGGGAAAACCCUUCGAAGUGCUCUGGGACGACACACUCCCGAGCCCAAGGGCUGCCACAGCAACACAGCUGAGCCACAGCCAGCAUCCCUCACCCUGGCAUCGAUCCCCAAUGCCUCCCCCAGCUGGUCCAGAUCAUCCUCCCAGAAAUCCACCACUGGCACCACCUCUGCUCACAACUCCUCGGGCUCCUCCAAGAUCUCCUCCGUGUCUCUGCUCAGCCCUCAGUCACCAGGCACGAGGAGCGUGGAGAAGAGGUUGCCCUUCAGCCUGAGGAAAGGCUCCAGCUCCCUGAAAGCCACCCCUCCUCCUCCUCCCAGCCCCGUGGCCCAGGUGGUGCACCUCAAGGACAUUGUCUGCUACCUGUCCCUGCUGGAGAGGGGACGAGCAGAAGACAAGCUGGAGUUUAUGUUUCGCCUCUACGACACCGAUGGAAACGGCCUCCUGGACAGCUCGGAGCUGGAUCGUAUCAUCAACCAGAUGGUGCACGUGGCUGAGUACCUGGAGUGGGACUCCACCGAGCUGAAACCUAUCUUGAAGGCUAUGAUGGAGGAGAUCGAUUACAACCACGAUGGGACGGUGACGCUGGAGGAGUGGAUCCGGGGUGGCAUGACCACCAUCCCCUUGCUGGUCCUGCUGGGGAUGGAGACUAACGUGAAGGAUGACGGGCAGCAUGCCUGGAGGCUGAAGCACUUCAAGAAGCCUGCCUACUGCAACUUCUGCCGCACCAUGCUGCUGGGCGUGCGCAAGCAGGGCCUCUGCUGCUCCUUCUGCAAGUACACGGUCCACGAGAGGUGUGUGUCCAAAGACAUUGCUUCCUGCAUCAGCACCUAUGUUAAAUCCAAGAAAAACACAACUGUGAUGCAGCACACCUGGAUCGAGGGCAACUCACCUGCCAAGUGCGACAGGUGUCACAAGAGCAUCAAGUGCUACCAGGGCAUCACUGGCCUGCACUGUGUCUGGUGCCAAAUCACGCUCCACAACAAGUGUGCCUCCCAUGUGAAGCCAGAGUGUGAUGGGGGCCCUCUGCGGGACCACAUCUUGCUCCCAUCCUACAUCUGCCCAGUUGUCCUGGACAGGCAGUCCCACUGCCGGCGCUCGGAGAGCGACUCCCCUGCCAGCACCAGCCCCGAGGACAGCCAGGGCUUCAAGUUCAACUCCACCACAGUGGAUGGGCAAGGGCUGCAGAUCAGCCCCCAGCCCGGGACACACCCGCUCCUCGUGUUCGUGAACCCCAAGAGUGGAGGAAGGCAAGGGGAGAGGGUGCUCCGGAAGUUUCACUAUCUGCUCAACCCACGCCAAGUGUACAACCUGGACCGGGGCGGGCCCACGCCAGGGCUGAACUUCUUCCGGGACACCCCAGAUUUCCGUGUGCUGGCCUGCGGAGGGGACGGCACGGUGGGCUGGAUCCUGGACUGCAUAGAUAAGGCGAACCUGGCGAAGCACCCGCCGGUGGCCGUCCUGCCCCUGGGGACUGGCAAUGACCUCGCUCGGUGCCUGCGCUGGGGAGGAGGCUACGAAGGAGGCAACCUGAUGAAGGUCCUGAAGGACAUAGAGCACAGCACAGAGGUGAUGCUGGACCGCUGGCAGAUCGACAUCAUUCCCACUGACAGGGAGGCCAACGGGGAUCCCGUCCCAUCCACCAUCAUCAACAACUACUUCUCCAUUGGGGUGGAUGCCUCCAUCGCCCACCGCUUCCACAUCAUGAGAGAAAAGCACCCUGAGAAAUUCAACAGCAGGAUGAAGAACAAGCUGUGGUACUUCGAAUUCGGGACAUCAGAGACCUUUGCAGCCACCUGCAAGAAGCUCCAUGACUAUGUUGAGGUUGAGUGUGAUGGGACCCUGCUGGACCUGAGCAACACAUCCCUGGAGGGCAUUGCUGUGCUCAACAUCCCCAGCAUGUACGGGGGCUCCAACCUGUGGGGAGAGACCAAGAAGCAGCGUGGGUACAACAGGCUGGGCAAGAAGGUGCCAGAGAAGGUGCCAGGCACGGUGGUCACCGAUGCCAAGGAGCUGAAGUUCUGCGUGCAGGACCUCAGCGAUCAUCUCCUGGAGGUGGUGGGGCUGGAAGGCGCCAUGGAAAUGGGGCAGAUCUACACGGGGCUGAAGAGUGCGGGCAAGAGACUGGCCCAGUGCUCCUCCGUCAUCAUCAGGACGUCCAAGCUGCUGCCCAUGCAGGUGGAUGGGGAGCCCUGGAUGCAGCCCUCCUGCACCGUCAAAAUUACACAUAAAAGCCAGGUGCCCAUGCUGCUGGGGCCCCCCCAGAAGAGCAGCUUCUUUUUCCUGAAGAGGAGGAGCCGAACUCGGGAUUAAAGCAUCACCCAAGGACCCACAGCCUGGAGCACUCAGCAUCCCAGCCACCUGCCUGAUUCAGGGUCCCCAAAUCCCCAUCCCAUGCUGGGGACAGAAACUCCCCCUCCAAGCCCACUGGGGAUUAUUUAUCCUGGGAAGGUCUUGUAGGCUCCUUCCUGACCACAGAAGCAUCCUCUCAAGCUGGGAUGGAAGAAGGGGGAGAAGGCAGGCUGGCAUGCAGUGAGCACAUUUGCUGGAGCAGCACCAGGACUGGGAUUUUUUUCCCCCCCUUUAUUUAAAUACCCUCCAGCCAAGCUGCCAGUGAAUGUGCUCCUGAGGCAGCACUAAGCUCCACUUAUUUAUUUAUCCUCCUCCUGAAGACCACUUGAUGUCUCAGUGCACUGGCUUUGUCCCCCAGUCCUUGAAAUGGGAGGAAUUAUUUAUUUCCUUAGCCCAGAGGAGCCAUCUCGGCCCCUCACCUCUGUGCUGUGGGGUUUGGGAGCGAUGCAGAGAGCCAUUGCUGCCAGCCCAGUGAGCCACGAGCUGUGGGACAGACUGGGGACAGACAGUGCACAGGGACAAGCCUGGGGUGGAUGGCAGGAGACUGUGUUUUUACAGGGAAAUGGCAAAAAAAGGGAUUUUGGGGGGAGCGGCCCCAGCUCCGGGCUUUGUGUUCAUAUUUAUGUAUUUAUUUAGCAAACUUUGGACAAAAAAGGGACUCUGGGGGUCACCUUUUUAGGAGCCCAGGCUGGACACAGACACCACCUCCCUGCUCUGCUGGCUGUCCUCCAUGGCACCUCCUUCCACGUGGACUUUCCUCUCUCCUAAAGCCUGCCAGCCUCUCCUGGGGGCUGGAGACCCUGGGGACAGACAUCCAGAAGCUCUUCUCACUUGAAGGUGUCCCCAGCACCUUUUAGACAUCUCCCAGUGAGCUCUGCCAGGCUGUGCUCUCCCUGUGUGUCAGGUGCUGCCCCUGAUGCUCCUGGGCUGCAGGGAGUGGGGCAGGGGGGCUGCACCUCCCUUUCUGUAGGGCCAGGCCUCCCCACAGCUCUCUCCAAACCCAAAAAGCCUCACAGAUGCUGCCUGCACGACUGCUGGGGCCCACUGGCAUGCACAGGCAGGCUUUGGUGGCAUCACCCAUCGAUGGACAGAUCAGGGGAUGCAGUUUCUCCCCAGGAUGCACAGGGACCAGAAGACAGAUGAAGGCACAGAGUUUGUGGUGGUCUGGAUGCACUCCCAGGAGCCAGGAGCUGCCAAGGCUGGCCCAUGGGAAGGGCUGCUGGCUGCUUCUGCAGUCACCCAGUGCCUCCAGCAGUGGGCCUGCACGCAGGGCACAGCCACAUCCUGAAUUCAGCCUGCUCCCAGGCAGCUCCCCCGGGUGCUGGAGCUCCUGUGCUGCUGGGAGCGGUGUGUGCCCCGUGGGUGUCACUGCGGGCAGGAAAACUCCUGCUUGUCCCCACUGUGUCCCUGCCGCAGGGCUGGCACGAGUCACCCUGUCCUCCCCAGUGCCCCCUCAGUCCCUGCUGACGCUGCAGGUCCCCAGUCAGUGGCAUUCUCCUGGCAGAGGGUGCUGCCAGCACUGUUCCAGAGUGGCUGGAGGGGACCUGUUGGUGACCUGUGUGCACAGGCAGGCGUCACUGCAGUGCACAAAUCCACCCUCCUCCUCCUCCUUGUCCCCCAGGGCAGCUGUUUAUGAGUAGCCAGGUGAGAGCAGAUGGAGCAAGGCCAAACAAAGCCCAGGUCCCACGCCCCAGCUGCCUCCAUCUCCCCAGCCCAUUGCCAAGGGCAGCAGUGCCUCACAGCCGGUGCAAAAGCCACCUCAGCCAUCUGCAGAGCUCUGCCAGCAGGAGGGUGACAGUCUGUGGGAUGGCAGCACACAAGGUCAACAGGUUUGGUUCUAUUUCCCUGCCCACUCAGCCUCCAGGCAGGGAUUUAUCCCAGAGCCUGCAUGGAAUCAGCUGUGGGUUUCUGCUCCUUGCCCCCGUCACACUUUGCUGGGCUCUGGGCAAAGAGCAGCCCUGGGGUCUCUGCUGUGGUUGGCAGAGCUGGGGGAGCAGGAGGGCACUGUGCCCGUGCCUGCACCCUCGGGCCUGGCAGUGCCAGGGGUGAGCAGCUGAAACCCAGGGGUGAACACCCAGCCACGUCCUGCAGGGCACAGGGAGCCCAGGGCCACCACUCUGGGACGGUGGUACACCAGCAGCACUCUGCCAGGCUCCAACCCAGAUGUCCCCUCUGAUGGCCAGGGAGAUGAUCCCUGCCCCAGGGGACCCAGCUCCAGUCUGCUCCCACACUGCCACAGGCUGGGCCUGCCAGCUCCCCACCUCCUUAGUCUGAUGGUGCAAAGGUCCCGAGCCCAGGGGGGACCCACAGGGGCUGGGACUUCAUCCCAGCUGUCCCUGGCUCCAGGGAGGAAUAAGCCAUGCAGCUGAGGGGCACUCGAGGCCUUGACGUUCCCCAGUGCCUCCCAGUUCAACCCAAUUCCCACGUGCGUGGGAUGGAACCAAACCCCCAAACAACCCGCUGGGCACUGGUGCCAGUGCUGCACUGGGGGACCCCUGAGAGCUGGGGACCCCCGGGGGCUCAGCCAGUGUCCCCUGUGUGUGUGUAGCCGUGGUUGCCUGCAUGGAGUGGUGUCCGUAGCGUAGCGCGUGUUGCCGUGUACACCCGGGCUGCUGUGGCCUUGCCUCCAAUAAAGAUGGUCGUGACCUCCUCAGCUGCUCCUGGGCUGCACAAGGGUCAUCCCUGGCCAGGAGUGGCCCUCUGGGGACUAAAAGAGACGGUGCCCACUCCAGGCCGC